ACAAUUAAUUUCUUUAAAUUUUAGGAGUUAUCACUUGUCUUCUUCUGAAUGCAAAACAUACAAUAUCUCUCUCUCCCAUGGCUCUAAAUGAUGAUAAAUCUGCUAAAAGAGUUCUAAAGAAAGGUGUAUGGACAGCUGAAGAAGAUAGGAAACUAGCUGAUUCCAUAGAGAAAUAUGGUCCAAAGAAAUGGAGAACAUUGGCAACCAAAUCAGGAUUGAACAGGUGCGGGAAGAGUUGCAGGUUGAGAUGGUUGAAUUAUCUUCGACCCAAUAUCAAGAGAGGCAACAUAUCUGAUGAAGAAGUCGAUUUGAUACUCAGGCUUCAUAAACUUCUAGGAAAUAGGUGGUCCUUGAUUGCUGGGAGACUUCCAGGCCGAACUGAUAAUGAGAUCAAGAAUUACUGGCAUUCUCAUUUGAGCAAGAAACUAAAACAAGCGGAGAAAAACAUUGAAAACACUUCAACUGUGCCUGAGAUUAAUUCAAUGGAAAGUUGUGGGACAGAAGCUGCAGAAGAUCAGGAAAAUGAAGAUGCAACAGACUUGAACUUUUGAUAUAUAGAAGAAUUCUUUGACUUAUCAGUUGAAUAUCUGAAUGGUAAACCAACUUCUUGAACUUGAUGGGGAAUAGGAAAUUUCUCCGCCAAUUAAUUCCUUCGAGUCCAACAUGUGAUUAUUCAUCCAGGAGUAGAAAGAAUUGCAAUCCCCGGUUUUGUCAUAUUUCAUGUACUUUAUGAAUUUGUCAUAGUUUUGAGUUUGGUUAUUACUCCAA